AUGCCGGCGCCGUCCGGCCGCAGACAGGGCGCGAAGGCGGGCGGCGAUCCUCUUCGGAGGGGCCGGUUCGCUGCUGCUGGGAAAGAUGGAGCUGCCGCCUCUUUGUGCUCCUCUGGCGCGAGCCAGCCGGUGGCUUCGGCGGCUGUUUGGCUCUGCCUGGCGCUCGAUGCGCCGCUUCGCGAGCAGGUCGACGUCAAUCAAGGCUCCCUGGGCGGCAGCCGUCGCUGCUGCUGCUGCUGCUGCUGUCGCCGCGGCAAGUGGCUCCCGAUGCAGCCCCCGCCCCCCGCGCGCGCAUUGUUAUUACCCAGCACGACCCUUCCUCUCGCUCGCUAA